CAAAGUGGGCCUGGCCCAGUACAUACAAAAACAAGAACAAGCUUCUUGUAAUCCGAAUCCAGCAGCAAUUUGAGCACAAUCUAAAGCUUCCGUUCCCACGUGAUUCCACCAUCGGCCGAUUCUGUUCACGAUGGAGCACGGGGAGGCAAUGAUGAACAAUAACUUGCAGAUGACACUCUCAUCCCUCAACAACCUACUUGAUGUUUCAAACCAUAUUCUCCCAAUAACACCAACCCUAAAUACCAAUCUCAUACAAUGCCCUUUCAAUCCCCAUCACCUUGUCCCGCCUUCCUCCCUCUUCCUACAUCAUCUCGGCUGCCCUUCCUCGCCGCGCCCUCUUCCGAACCCCAACGACCUCCUCCACACUCUCUCAUACCCCAAAUCACUCCACAACCCCCAAUCUCUUCAGCUCUCUUCCUAUUUAAACUCUCCUUCGAACCUCUUGUACCGUGAUUGUCCCGGUGUCGUUAGUUUCUCUAACUUAGACACCGUUGCCAGAACCGCAACCUUCGCGCUUCCCGAUUUCUUAUCCCGCGAAUGUGAAGACAGGCAUACAGGGAAUUCGAAUUCUGAGAAUGUGUAUGUGUCUGCCGUCGUGCCCGUUCUUCCUUCUGAGCAUGUUGCCAUAGCGCGUGAGCUCGAAACCUGGCACGGUUACCCUACUACUUGCUCCAAUGCUGUUCGUCGCGCGAUUUCAGGCCUUGAAAUUGCGAAGGAGCGUGGGUUAAGCGACUGGUUAAUAGUGAAUUCGCCUCGAUACGGCAUUGUAAUUGAUACAGCUAUGCAGCAGCAUAUAUUUUUGCUGUGCUGUUUGUGCUUCAAGUCAAUUUUGAGAGAAGCUUCCGUUUCCAGGGACAAUCUGUUGGAUUGCCCCGUUUUGAACCAGGCAUUGACUUGGUUAGAAUCUCAGGUUUCGAUCCUGUACGGUGCCACAAACGGAAAGUGUUUUGUUCUUGAUUUUGUGAAAAGAUGUAUUAUGGUUGGUGCAUCGGUUCUGUUAUUGUUUCCUCUAGGGGACGAGGUUGCAUCCCAGAUUUCAGAUAAUGUCAUUGGGGGCCUGAAGGAUGCUAUGUUUGGUGCUCAAAAUGAAGAAAGAAGUACAAACUGCAUAUUGUACAGAAAGAUCUUUGUUCCCCAGGUUGUUGCAGCAGUGGCAGCGUUGCAUGAGCGAUCUCUGCUUGAACAGGAAAUUAAGGGGUUGUGGUUUUCUCGGCAGCCAAGUAACUAUCACCUGGUUGCUGAGCAUGGUUAUUUGUCUGAGAAAGCUAAUGAAGAACGGAAAAAGCGUCCGGACUAUAGACCUCUGGUUGAACAUGAUUGGUUUCUUAGGCAGCAACCAUCUGGCCAGGAAGCGCCAAAAGAAAAGACAAGAGAGGAGUUAUUAGCUGAAGAAAGGGAUUACAAACGUCGAAGAAUGUCUUAUCGUGGCAAGAAGACAAAUCAAUCACCUUUACAUGUGAUGAGGGAUCUGAUAAAUGAAUACAUGGAAGAUGUGAAGCAAGCUGCAGGUGUUCAGAGCCCUGUCAAGGUGUCUGAAGACAGUGGGAUGUUUCCACCUAAACUUCCUUCUAGCCAUGGCGUUCCUAGGGAAGUUAAUAAUUAUAAAGAAGUUAGUCUUGACUCAACUGCAAUGACUAUCAGUAACCCGGGGUUUGGUGAGCAGCAGUCACAGACAAAAUAUACUGACAAAAGCAAAGCUGUAGAUGAUGCCUUUUCUAGAGAUUAUGAACGACGACAUUACAGGAACCACUCUUAUGGAGGAGCUCAACAAAAUGCUGAUCGAGGAACAUAUCAUAGGGACCGUGCUUCUUCAAGCCCUGACAGGCAGAUAAGUCAUAGUCGAGCACAUGAUCAUAGCAUUCUUCAUAAGAGAAAAGAUUACUCGAAUAGAAAGAGGUACGAUGACUCAUCAAGAACCAGGGAUAGGCGGGAAAAGGACACACACAGGAAUUACAUUUCAGAUUCUUCCCUGAAUAAUGCAUUUUCAGAUCGUUAUGAUCCUUCAGAAUCUCUUCAUGUCCGUGAGGAUGAUAUCAACUCUGAUGCCAAAUAUAUUAAGCCAGAUAAAUUUUCUGACCAAGAACUUCAUUAACAAUGUCUUGGCCAGAAAUGUGAAGGGACUGCAUCUGCAGUUGUACUAACAUGCCAAGCUUCAGAGAUUUUAUCAAUGUAUCCUCCUUUGUAUCCUUAACUUUGAAAAGAGUAUCUUAGCAAGCAUUCCUUGGAAGGAUUUGAUUCUCUACACUGUUUUUAUUUUUAUUGUAUUCUUUAUUUUUCUUCUCAGUAUUUAAGCUAUAAUAUGCCAACUAUAGCAAUUGCAAUGAAAUAUAUUCAAUCUCUGUAUUGUUCUAAUUCACUCUGAUUGUUUUACUUAAAAUAUUUCUUGUUAUAUUUCGAAUUAAUAAUGUUAUGUAUGGUGACUAUGUGCUAGGAGAAAUGAACCAGGUUGGAUAAUUUUCUACUUCAGAUUUUGAAUAGGUUUAUUGUCCAUGUUGUUAUUAAUUUAGUUAUGUUCUUUAUGUUUCUUCUCAACUGCAAUAUAAUCUAUUCACAUAACUGUAUUUUCUAAUUCAAUCUAUGAUUGUUUUACUUACAAUUUUUUUCUUUUGUUAUAUUUUGAAUUAAUGUUAUGUAUGUGGUAGGAGAAAUAAAACUGAUCUGAGAGCAAUUAUAUAAGUUCCUAUAUCUUCUAUUGAGGCUUAGAUAUUAGGGUGAAUCAACUUUAGUUAUAGGUUCUUAUAUCCUCUUCCUCCUGCUUCUUCUCCUUUCUCCUUCUUCUACUGUUAAUGAACAUUCUAUCUUGGGUCCCGAUAAGCAGUGAUUGGAUUUGAAUUCAUUUCAACUUCAAGUAUUUUUUGUUUUUCUUAACAACUUCCCUGUUGUGUUCUCUCCUAGCACUUGCAGCUAAAUGUACAACUUAGCUUAGAAAUAGGAAGGUUGAUCAAGCUUUAUCGUUAUUUAGUUAUUCAUGUAUUGCAAGAAAUAUUUAUGAAUAUUUCAACAUUAUCUGCCUUUAAAAUUCCUUUGACUGGGCUAAUUUAUUUUCCUUUGAUUUUAGACUGGUUGAAACAAUAGAAUCUUUCAAUAUCUAUCUGAAUUCCCUGUGAUCUUACAGUUUGGCUUGUUACAGUUUCUACUUUGUUUAGUAGUGGAGACCAAGCUGUGAUGAAGUGACUGCUGUAAAAAUGCUAUAUCAAAGAUUCAAUGCAACCCGGAUGACCGCGGAAGACUUGACUCUGUGGGAAACAGUUCAAACCAUGUAUUUUUUCCCGCAAUAGAAGCCACUUCAGCCCUUGCCUUGCAUAAGGUCUAAGCUGUCUUAUGGCACUGAACAAUCUCUUGCCAGUUUCUAGAAUAUACUUGUUAAUUUGGUUUCUUUGUCCUCAUUUUUUUGUUGCUAUCAAAGAAUAUUCCAGUUUUUGUAGUCUUAUGGCUAAUGUUUUAGUGCAUAUUGCUAGGGUUAGAAGGAUAAACUUUAGAAAUUCCGCUUCUCAACUGGUAAAAAUAGUUUCAUCUUUUUCGGUGUCCCAGCAUGUUUGUUACAUUGUUACUUGACUUCAGUAAAAGCAUAAACUAGAAAUUUUGCGUCUUAA